CAUGACGUCGUUUGCCCAGUCCAGCUCGUGGACAUCGUUCCUCAAGUCAAUUGCGCUGUUCAACGGUGACUUGUCUUCCUUGACCGCCCCUCCCUUCAUCUUGUCUCCAACUUCCUUGAGUGAGUACUCACAGUACUGGGCCGAGCAUCCGGAUUUGUUGGUAGAGCCAAACUUCUUGCAACAGACCCCUGAUGCUUCCAAGGAGGAAGUCGAUGCUAUGGCGCUCAAGAGAAUCAUCGCCGUCACCAAGUGGUUCAUAGCAACCUUGAGAUCACAAUACUGCUCCAGAAACGAGUCGAUGGGCUCGGAAAAGAAGCCAUUGAACCCAUUCUUGGGCGAAGUAUUCGUAGGCAAAUGGGAAGACACAGAGACUACCGACGGCUCGCUUGGUGAAACCAUCUUGUUGAGCGAACAGGUGAGCCACCACCCUCCAGUGACGGCUUAUGCUGUCCAUAAUGCUAAGAACAGCGUAGUAUUACAGGGCUACAAUGGUAUCAGAUCCAGCAUCUCUGCUACUUCCAUCAAUGUUAAACAAUAUGGCCAUGCUCUUUUGGAGUAUAAGGAAUUGGACGAGUCGUACUUAAUCACGUUACCUCCAUUACACAUUGAAGGUUUGAUCUCGGCUUCUCCCUUUGUAGAGUUGGAAGGUACUUCUUACAUUCAGAGCUCCAACGGAUACAUUACUGUAGUUGAGUAUUCGGGCCGAGGCUGGGUUUCAGGCAAGAAGAACACCUUCAAGGCCAGAAUAUACAAGGACCAGUUGUCUCUGAACAAGAAGGAAAAUGCUCUUCUCAGCAUCAGUGGUCAAUGGUCUGGUAAAUCGUACUACGCCAAGGGCUACUCUUCACCUAACUCGAAAAACGACUUGUUUUACGAUGCGCAGGCAUCCGAGCCGCACCAUCUCAAGGUUAAGCCCAUUGAAGAACAGCACGAAUUGGAGCUGAGAAAAGCCUGGCUCAAGGUCGCCGAAGCCAUCAAGAAGUCCGACUACGACUUGAUCAACGAAGAAAAGACGUUGAUUGAAAACGCCCAACGUGACUUGAGAAAGCAAGAAGCUGAGUCUGGCGACAAGUGGCAGACUAGAUGGUUCGACUAUGUCAACUAUCUCGAUGGCACAGUCUCUCACGAUGCAUUCUUGAACUUGACCAACAUUUCUAACUUGUCUAUUCGUAAUGCUCCUUCGGGCUCGUUGAAGGGCUCCAAAUACGACGAGGGCGAAGCCCAGCACUGGCGAAUCAACAUCCAGAAGUGGCAGGACGAGAAGGAGAUCAAGAUUUGAGUAACGGUUGUUUUAUGCUAUGUUUAUGGAACUUUGAUUAAUACAGAUUAUAC